AUGUCUAAAAAACAACAAGCUCUUCAGUUGCAUCGAUCCACAGUGGUUCCAGCUUCGACUCAAAAAUUUACUCUCGAUCAGUGGUAUAAUAAUAACCAAAAAGGAUUCCAAAAAUAUCAUACUCAAUGUCAAUUAGUAGAAAAUUUAAUAGCUGAAUCGGAGCGAAUAUGUGAAGCAACGUUGGAAAUAACAAAGACAAAUAAAAUUGCAACUGAUCGAGAACUCGAAGAGAAACUUGCUGAUGUGAAAUUUGUAAGAGGAGAGCUUUUAACUCUUCGUAAGAAUAUAGUACUGGAGAUUGAUGCUCUAAAGGUAUAUAAAACCCGACUGACUGAUGCUCUAGUAGCUUUAAAUGAAAAUGCUGCUGAAAUUUGCGAAAAGUGUCUUGAGCUGAGAGAACAUCGAUUAGGUAUUGACCUGACAGUCGAUGAAGUUGAGAAAGAGCUUAGAAAGGAGUUAAGUCUCAUCACUGGAGCCAAUAAAAUAUUCAGUCAAGCUCUGGAAAAUACAAAUGAACAAAUUCGGAUUCUCAAGUCACUCUUGUAUUACUUGGAUGGAGAUCUAGCAAAUAAGGAUCGUUGCAUUCAGCUGGAUGAGAAAAAUCUCAAAUUGAAAGAAACUGGUUUAAAUCUUAAUAUCUAUCACGGAAAAGUUCCACUAGAUAUUUCGACUAUUACUGAACAAGAAUGGAAUUUACACACAAAUGAAGUGGUAAUGUCGGCCAUGAACCAGCUCAAAAGUACCAAAUUAUUACGAUCAUAUAUUGAUGAUAUUCUUAAAGAAAUUAUUAAUGACUUGAACAAACAGAAAGAUGCCACGAAUGAUGCAUUUAAUUGCAGGAUCAAAGAAACUAAAAAUAUAAAAGCUUCUCUAGAAGAGCAACAUGCGGAAGUAAUAAAACGAGUAAAUGCUAUGAAUCAGAACAUCACUCGAUUGGAAAAGAAUAUUGCUGAAAAGGAAGGAUUCCUUGCACUGGCACACACGCGAUUAGGAAACAGAUGCCAUCGACCUAAUCUGGAAUUAACGCGUGAUCAAGUUGAAAAACAACUUGUGAUGGAAGUAACCAAUCUUCAAGAAACUGUUGCAAAAUUACAAAAUACGUUAUAUGAAGCCCAUAAUACUUUACGAAAUUUACUUAAAGUCCAAAUACAAUUAGAAGAAGAUAUCAAUGUUAAAGUAAAUACUCUAAAAAUUGAUGAAGUAGAAUGUAUGAGCUUACGUCAAAAAAUCAGCUAUCAUGCAUAUUAA